AUGGUUCGGGGAAACGUAUUUUGCGUUGUAAAAAAAGUAUUAAAUAACGGUGCGGACGUUAAUAUUCGGGGCGGCCGGUACGGCAACGCUUUCCAAACCGCUUUAUUAAAAGGCUAUAAAAAAAUUGUGCAAAUUUUGGUCGAUAGGGGUGCGGACGUCGAUACUCAGGGCGGCGAAUACGGCCACGUUCUCCAAACCGCUUUAUUGGGAGGUUAUAAAAAAAUUGUACAAAUUUUGGUCGAUAAAGGUACGAACGUCGAUAUUUAG